GAAGCGUAUGUCAAUGGAAAAUAAUUUUUUUACUUUUGAUUUUACUUACCUUUCACGUAUAUUUUACGAAGAUUAAUAUCACAAGAAACUUUUGUAAUUGAUGGGUUUAUACUACCUUAUCAGGAGCUCAUACUAGCUAAUAAGAUAUUUAGCUAAUAAGGUUAGUUACUAGGUACCUAUUAAUUGUUAGGAGGUGAAAAUCCGUAAAAAACGUUUAUUAGCUAAAUAAAUUUAUUAAGUAGUUGAUUAGAAGGUGGAUAUCUCGGCCCUUAGGAACAUUUUCUAAUGACCUGUUCUAUAAUUUCUUUUGCAAACAAAUCUGAGAUGAGAGCGUCAGCGAAAACCGAAACGUAAAGUCAUUGCUAAUUGCGCCAAUCAUCGAUUGCAUCUAGUAAUUGUAAAAGCUAUAAAGGAAAUACCCACAAUUAGGCAAUACUUCGAUCAAUGCGCCAUGCUCUACAUGUUUUUAAAGAAAGGAAGUUUAUCAAAAUUUUACGAUGGACACGUACUGUGUCGCCUUCUGGAACAGCGCUGGAGCGAUCAUUUGGACGUUACUCGUCUAAUUUUCAAUAAUUAUUGGAAAAUAACCCAAGCGCUAGAAAAAAUAUCGAAGAGCAGGGAUAUCGACGGCGAUUAUGUUGUAGAAAGUACUGGUUUACUGAAAAUUAUUCGCUCCAAGGAAUUCCGAUUUUGCAUGGUGUUCAUGAAAAAAGUGUUAGAAACUAUUCAUCCUGCUGAUAAAUUACUUCAGUCGCCCGAAGCGAGUUUGACAGACUCUGUUGUACUUAUAAAAUCCGUAGUAGAUUCUCUUACUUCCUACAGAAAUGAAAGCGUUUAUAAAAUGAUGGAUGAAAAAUCAACACCGAUUUCAAUGUUGCUGACGAUGAUACUCACACUUCCAGGAAAAGACAAAGAAAGACCAACACACUCCUUAAGGACUACCUAGUAUAUGAUAAAACGGGCGAAAGAUCAGAAGAGGUAGACCAAAAUGAAGAAUACUUCAUGUCAAUAUUUUAUGAAACACUGGAUGUUAUCUUAACUGAAAUGAAAGUAAGAUUUGAAGACAACAAUGAGCUGCUAAUUGCAGUUUCCAGUGCUGAAGAUGAAAAUAUCGAUUUAGACAAAAUUAAAUAUUUGGAAACUUUGGGUGUAAAACUGCCAUCUCCAGAAGAAAUUGUAGUUGUAAACAGAUUUAUAAACGCUCAAAAGAAAGAGAACCCUGAUUUAGCUGUCUUUGACAUAAUUUUCCAGCAACGAUCAACUUUUGAGAAAAUUUAAUCAGCAGAAGAGCAGACGACUGCAACUUUUCUAAAAUAAAUAACCAUAUUCUUCGUAUUUUUUUUAUGUGUAUAAUUAUGUAAAUAUAAAAUAUGGCUACUCUGUCAAUGUCAUUCUGAUUUCAGAUUGAGUGUAUACAUUUACGAACAAAACAAAAUCAAUGAAAGUACUGCAAAAAAACUACAAGCUCUUUACAUUUUGAUAUAAAAUUUCAGUCUGCCCUGAGUUUUUGUGGGCCUGCCCUUAUUAUAAAUUCUGGCUACGGGCCUGUCAAUAAGUCAUUUACAAUUAAACUAAGGCGGCUCCAGACUCACGCCGCGAACACCCGUGAAGCCCCGCGAACGCGAGUAUGGAUGGUUUUCACGCGUUUUCACGGAGUUCACGUAUCUUCGCGUGGGCUUUCCCGUUUCGAGUCUGUCUUUUUGCUCGCUUCAAAGAGUUCGCCACUGUGAAAGCGAAUUUAACUGUGAAAUAAUUGUGAGUGUGGAGGUAAAUUUUGGUCCGUGACGUUCGAGGUUGUUCGCGGUGUGAAUUCACGGCGAAGCCGGCAUACUCGCUUUUCGUCUCGAUAUAAUUAUACUCCUUUUGAGCCUCUCGCCGGGCAAUGUUGCGGAAUUUAAGGUUUCGAUUUCGACCAUAAUUCGAUCUCCAAACUUGGUGCCGAUUACGCCGACAUCAGUAAUUGGGUAUUUAUUUCCGAUUUCCAGAUCUUUUGCAUUUAUGAAUGGUUUACAAUAGGUCGAUGAGUUCAAGGAAGCGAAAUCAAAUUCUUCCAUUAUUAUGAGCAGUAAAUAUCUGUAACAAAUAAAUAACAAACAAACAAAAUUAGUCAUUAAAAUCAUACUCACCAAAUAACGCCGCAAACUAGUUCGCUCGAAGCACUGACUGAGACGUUAACUGCACUCGGCUUUUAUUUCAAUUUUUAUCUAAUCAUAGCGGAUGCAGCAUCCUGUCAGUGUUUCUAGAAAUUUCUGAGCGGAAGCAGCAUCGUGUCUCUUAUCUACAUCGAAAUGUAUUUAAGCUGGCAUAUUUCAAUUAAGUCAUUGCAUUUGUAUGUGCAUGUGAGCAGACUGUCUCAACUACUACUUCAAAGCAGAAAUCCUCUUUUAAGCAGCGAAAACCAGGAAAAAUGGCUCAUAUUUUAGACAAUGUGAAUACCACGCUUGAAAUGAUUGGCCAUUUCUAUAAAAAUUAUAAUCUCGGCUCUGCUAGCAAGGUUCCAAAAUUCAUCAACAUCAUCGAUGCCAAUCUUAGGUAAAUCCAAUCUUCGCUAGCAGAGCCGCUAACGGUUGGAGAUAAACGGCACCUUGCAGCUGUGGCUGGUAAAAUGGAACGCUACAAGGUGCUUAUUAACCAGUUGGGGAAGUCUAUUGUCGGCUCCUCCCUAGGUAGAAGACCGUUGGUAGAAUGGUGAGAUUUGGCGACCGCAUUUAAAUCGCGUGUGAGUACCGGUAUUAUUAUUAAUCUAGGACAUAAGACUUUAGGAUCAUUUUUUAACGAUAGCUGUAAGUUAUUUAUCACUAAGAUUAGAGACAUCUAUCCCACAUGUAAUAGCCCGCUGAAAACAAAUUUUGAGUUUUAUGCGGAAUUUGUAAAGCCCUCGUUGAAUAAGAGUGAUGAAGCACUAGCAUGUAGGGAAUUUAGUUUUUUAACGAAGAAUUUUACUAUUUUAUCUAGCGAUUUAAGUGAAGCUGACUUGAAGCAAUUGUUUAAUAAUAACGCGGUGGAUUAUUUGAUGGAGCGCUUAAUGCAAUUUGAGGAACAGGACAGUGGGUGGGGUCUGUACAAGAUAAUUUCGUUGGCUGUGAACGUAAACAGUGUGACUUUAAUGCAGGCCUCGUCCUUUAUAGAAUUACCUAAAGAAAUUCAAGUUAAAAAAGCGGUCAUCAGCGGUGUUCAAAAUAAUGAUGAAGCGUGUUUUGGAUGGGCGUUGUCAUCUCCCCGCUACCCUCUACACCAAUCGUAUCUCUUCUUAUCCAUAUUAUGCGCAAAUCUUAAAUUUUGAUGGUAUUAGCUUCCCCAUGUUUUUAGACCCAACUCCAAAAAUUUUUAAAACAAAAUCCCAAUUUAUCUAUCAAUAUUUACGGCCUUACUAGAAAAACGCAAUCCGAUUAUGUCACUGUUCCCAUUUAUCUUAACACCGAAAAGAAAGCGAAUCACGUUAAUUUACUCAGGAUCCAGCAGAAUUAUGAUAUUGAGAAUAAUGCUACCGCUAACAAUAAUGAGGAACCCGAUGAAGCGGUUCGAUUUCAUUUCUGUUGGAUCAAAGAUUUAUCGAGAUUGGUACGUUCACAGUUGACGAAGAGACAUGGAAAGCUGUAUAUUUGUGAUAGGUGUCUCCACUAUUUUAGCUCACCGGAUAAACUUAAUACACAUGAGUUAAAUUGUAAGUUAGUUAAUAAGUGUAAAAUAAAUAUGCCAGAGCCCGGUUCACAUGUAUAUUUCAAGAACCAUGGAUUCAAACAGACCGCCCCUUUCAUCAUUUAUUGUGAUUUGGAAUGUUUGGUACAAGAUUUUCGGGUAGAUGAGACACAAAACACCGUAAAAUAUAAGCAGCAUAACGUAUGUAGCAUUGCACCUUUGAUAAUUCAUUGUCGAGGUUCCGCCUGCAGAGGGGUGAGCAAUGUAUUAAUUGGUUUACCAGUGAACUUGAGGAAAUUUCAAACAAUUUACAACAAUAUUUCAUUAAUCCAGUGCAAAUGGAAACGUUAAAUGAUUUGCAAAUGUUGGGACAUAAUGCAUCCACCUGUUGUCAUAUUUGUGAAGGGCCCAUUUUACCGCCCCAGGUCAAAGUUCGCGAUCACUGCCACUUUACAGGUCGGUUUCGCGGUAGUGCCCAUCAGGCUUGCAAUUUACGUUAUAAAGCACCACAUAUGAUACCCAUAUUUUUUCAUAAUUUUAGUGGAUAGUCAUUUUAUAAUUAAGGAUAUUGCUCAAGCUAUUCCUGGGAGAGUCACGCUGCUACCUAAGAAUAAGGAGCGUUACAUUUCAUUUACUAAGAAAAUGGAGAAUGCAGAUGUCGAAUUCAGAUUCGUAUCGCUUCAUGAGCGAAUCAUUAGAUAAUCUAGCGUCCUAUUUAAAGUUUGACGAUUUCAAAAUUUUGCGUAGCACGUUAAGCCAUUUAAAUGAUGAGCAGCUCAAACUUUUAACUAAAAAGGGCGUGUAUCCGUAUGAAUAUAGGUAAGUUAGGAAAAAUUUAAUGAAACCAAUUUACCGGAAAAGAUACAAUUUUACAGCAAGUUGAGGCAGUCGCACAUUUCAGAUCAGGAAUAUUCGCAUGCUAGAAACGUUUGGCGUAAAUUUGAAACUCAAAACUUGGGCCAAUAUAGCGAUCUUUAUCUAAUAAGCGAUGUGCUUAUACUUGCAGAUGUAUUCACCAAUUUUAGAGAAAGUGCAUAACAACGCAUAAACUCGAUCCAGCAUUCUUUUUCACAGCGCCCGGAUACACGUGGCAAUGCAUGCUGAAUUACACCAAAGUUAAACUCGAGCUGCUUCACAGAUGUUGAUAUGAUGCUGUUUGUUGAAAAAGGUAUAAGGGGAGGCAUAACGCAAUGCUGUACGAAAUACAGCAAGACCAAUAAUAAAUAUCUGAAUGGGAAGAAUUACGAUCCUACUAAACCCCCUACUCAUAUCAUGUAUAUGGAUAUGGUUAACUUGUAUGGGUGGGCUCAAAGCCAGUGUUUACCUUUAAACAAUUUUAAGUGGCUUAGCGAGGCUAAAUUAAAGUCAUUAACUCCUGAAGCGAUAUUAAAUGUACCUGAUGAUGCGGUCCAAGGUCUCAUUUUAGUGGUGGAUUUAUCGUAUCACCGGCAAUUGCACGAUCAACAUAAAUCGAUUCCUUUCUGCGAACACCACACUCCACCGGGCGCUAAAAAUAAGAAAUUGCUGGCAACCUUGCAUUCAAAAACUAGAUAUGUUAUUCACUAUAGAAAUUUAAACCAAUGUCUUCAAGCAGGUCUCAUCCUUGAAAGAGUUCACCGGACUAUUAACUUUAAACAAUCUUGCUGGUUAAAACCAUAUAUAGACUUCAACGCAAGGUUGCGAGCGCAAGCUACUAACGGUUUUGAAAAAAAUCUAUAUAAAUUAUUAAAUAAUGCAAAUUUCGGAAAAACGAUGGAGAAUGUGCGGAACCAUCGCAUUAUUAAGCUUGUUACCCGGUGGAGUGGUAGAUACGGAGCCAAUUAUUAUAUAUCCCAGCCCAAUUUCCAUAGCAGAGAGAUCUUCGAUGAUGAAUUAUUGGCUAUCGAGCUAUCCAAAACAGAAAUUCUAUUUAAUAAACCGCUAUAUGUUGGGAUGGCAAUAUUGGAGAUUUCGAAAACUAGAAUGUACGAUUUUCAUUAUAACUUUAUGCAGCAUCAGUUUAGCGCCGACCGCUUGAAAUUGCUGUACAUGGAUACCGAUAGCCUCGAGCCACCGAUUUAUACUUGGAUAUUCGUACAGUCACCAAGUUUGAAUUUAGAUGGUCCCAUUAUCUUUAUAUUGUGGAACAUUGGUAAGUAUGUCUUUGAGGUUACAUCUUUAGGUCACUUUCAACUAUGGCCGCUUUCUUUACGCUAUACGUAGAGUAAUGAUUGAUGGUAUGUUUCAGCAUUAACUUUUCAAAAUCCUUAUUAUAGAAUUCUUUUCUUUGAUCGGUUUGUAAAUUGACUGGCACUCUUCCUUCGCAUAUAAUAGCGGUCAUGUUUUUGCUCACUUCACUCGCAUUCUUCGAUUUUAGGGGUUGCGUCCAUAGGUAUUUGGAGUAGCAAUCAAUUACGGUUAAUAUAUAUUUAUAGCCUCGAUUAUCUUUAGAAUAUCGCGUGAAUUCGGCCAAAUCAGCUUGCCAAAGGUCAUCACGAUGCUUGAUUAUCGUUCUUUUUCGCGGAAAUUUUUUUCUUGCCGAUCUGUGCAAUUCCUCGACGACGUCGAGCUUCGUCAUCUUCCAAAUCACUACCGAUAAAUGGCGGAGAUUUACGCAUAGUCAAUUCGGCAAAGUCCGUCACCGGACUCAUUCCUAGUUUUUCGCGAAUUUCAUCCAAGUUGCGCUCCAUUUCAUGCAUGACAUUCGUAUGACCAUCGGUGAUUGACUUAAACGAUUUUACAAACAUGUGUAGGUAUCCAUUUGUUACGGCAUCGCCAUCGUUUUGCUUUCAGACUACAAGGAGCACAACAACAGCAGAUGAGUACCGUCGGUCAA